GUUAUGUAUAGUUCUAAUUGAAUUAACACAAGAAAAAAAAUUACGAUCAAUAUGGCUAAAAAGCCUAGUGCAACCGUAGGAUACGCCAUGCCGACAAACAAAGUAAAAACGGUAGUGCAACCAUCUUUGGUUACGUACGCUAAAGAACGUGGGAUCAAUCUUAUUGAAGUUGAUAUUAACAAGCCAAUUAUCGAACAAGGCCCUUUUGACGUCCUUGUGCACAAGGUUUAUGGUGAUGAAUGGAAUGCUCAGUUACGUGACUUCAAAGUAAAGUAUCCUAAUGUUGUCGUUUUUGAUCCUCCGGAGGCUAUUGAAUGUAUCCAUAACCGCGAAUCCAUGCUCGAUGCUGUUAAUCACCUUCAAGUUCCUCCAUUCACGUCCGAUGAAGGGGCUUUUUCUGUUGGAACACCUACACAGAUUGUGAUCAAUGCCGGAGAUAAUACACAAGAAAGUCUAUCAACCAUCCAAGAAAAACUAACCUUCCCAAUAAUAGCCAAGCCACUACUAGCCAACAGCAACGACAAGGCGCACGAAAUGUCGGUCAUAUUCACCCCCCAUGGCUUAAACAAAGUGCAACCCCCUGUAAUUCUCCAACAAUUUAUAAACCAUGGAGGAAUCCUCUUUAAGGUUUAUGUAGCAGGAGACCAUGUAAAAUGUGUCAAAAGAAAUUCAUUGCCUGAUUUUUAUUUUGAUCCCAAAAAAUUAGGGUCGACUACAGAGAAUGAUAUUAUGUCGUUUUCUCAAAUUUCGAGCUCGGUUGUUGAGGAUGAAGAUAAGUUUUUAAAAGAUGCUAAAAUGCCCUCUUUAGAUAUGGUUUAUACCAUAGCAAAAGGACUAAAAGAAGGAUCUAAGCUUAAUCUUUUUAACUUUGAUUUGAUUAGAGAUGGUAAUGAUGGUAAUAAGUACUUAAUUAUUGAUAUUAAUUACUUCCCUGGUUAUGCUAAAGUGCCUGGUUUUGAGAGGUUGUUGACUGAUUUCUUUUGGGAUGUUAUCAACCAAAAGAAUAAAGAUUGUGCUAGGCAUGUGCAGAGAAAGAAUAGUUGUUUAACUGUGAUGUAUAACUACGUAACAUGUCAGUUUUUUAGGUUGAUUAAUAGAACGUAA